AUGCUGUGCCUUCUCAUUGCUUUUAUAAUUAUCAUUUAUAUCUUCUAUCGUUUAUAUCAACAUUUUUUUCCAACACCAAAUAUCAAUCCUAAUGAUAAAUAUGUUCUUAUUAGUGGUUGUGAUAGUGGAUUCGGUCAUGGAUUAGCUAUUGAACUUGAUAAACAAGAUUUCAAUGUUCUUGCUGGUGUUUAUAUUCCUGACAGCGUAGCCUUACUUAAAGAAAAACUUUCACCGAAAGCUACAGUUUUUCGUCUUGAUAUUACUAAACAACAAGACAUCGAUAGUGCAUUUGAAUUAGUCAACAAAAAAACAAAAGUUCUUCAUGCACUGGUUAAUAACGCUGGAACUGGUGUUGGUGGCUAUGUUGAUUGGGUGUCAAUGGAUGAUACGCGCAAAGUAAUGGACGUAAAUUACUUUGGACAUGUUGCAAUGACAAAGAAGUUUUUACCCUUACUUAUUGCUAAACGUGAUUCUCGUAUUGUUAAUAUUUGUUCUGUAGCUGGUUAUCUCGCGUUUCCGGGUGCGUCUGCCUAUUGUGGAUCAAAAUAUGCUCUUGAAUCAUUUUCAGAUUGUUUACGUCGAGAAAUGGUUCCAUGGGGUUUACAUGUUAGUAUUAUUGAACCCGGUGCAAUGCGAACACCUAUGAUCGAAUCCAUUCCUAAAUCAUUUUCAGAAUUUUCAAGUACAAUUCCCAGCGAUGCUCAAAAGAGAUGGGGAGUAGAUUUCCUUAAAUUAUAUCAUGAUAAAUUGGUGAAGAGUCCGAUCUACAAGUAUGCUGAAGAUCCUAUGAAAGUCAUUCGAGCUCUUCAACAUGCUGUUAUGAAUACUGUUCCUCGUAUUCGUUAUCGACCUGGAUGGCAAGCAAGUCUUAUUUUCUAUCCGAUUUCGAAUUUACCUACUUGUAUUGUUGAUUGGCUAUUAAAUGAUCUAGAUAAGUCACCUUAUGUUCCUGGAUUUGUUUCUCAACAACUGAAAGACUAA